UCGAUCUCCAGAAAUAUUUCUACAAUCGGUCCCAAGGAUAGGACCUCUUAUUCAAAAUUACCUGUGGGAUAACAAAACAUUAAAGAGCCCAUGCGCAGGAAUUUACAGGUUUUUGGGAGUUUGCACCCUGUAUUGGCCAACAUUUUAAUUCCGCCCCCUGGUUCUGAGAACUGCAAUAACUGAAAUCUGUCUCUUUGGAGACACCGUACAAUGACUCUCUGGCGGGAAACUAUUGAGGGCGUUUGUAAUAAUAACAACGAAAGUUCAUGAAGUUUGUUCAACUUUGUUGGGCUAUUUGUUAAAUCAUGGAGCUAUAGUUAUUCCCUGACUGUGAAGCCACUCUUGUUAAGUUGUUCUUCCCGAUGUUUGCAUUCUUUUCAGGACCAUAAUAAACAAUGUAUUUGGAGCACGGGGUCGUCAACAAAAAGUGAAAUCUCACAUAUAAGAGCAGUGGAGUGAUGAAGCAAAAGUUUUGGAGAAAUUUCCCACUUGUAUGAAAUCCACCGACAUUCAAGUGGUGUAAGUUGCGGGCUUCUUGAGAUUGUUGCAGACCACGUCUGCUCAGCAUCUGAUAGCAUGGCAGAAGGUGGUCACGAAUUAGACGAAGAUCUAACUGAGGUCCAGUUAGCUGUUGUGAGUGUGAGGUACGACUGCGGUACAUCAGUCCGAGGGGAGUUCUCUCAAGAUUCGAAGGGUACUGUCCCUGCAGAAGAUGGAAAUGAUGAUCUAGGAGAUGUGGUAGAAAAGACCUUUGAAGGAAGUAGCGACAACACGAUGGAUGAGCUUGAUCUGGAUGAUUGCGUCGAGGAUGGUGGUGAAGAUGAAUGUGGUGUUGAUGAGGAGGAGAAAGAUUAUGUAGAUGAUGGUUAUAAUGAAGACUUUAUUGAAAUAAACACAUUCCAAAAUGACGAAGUAAAAUUGAAAAGGGACAAUGCAGAAAGAGUGAAAAAGAGAACGAAAAAGAAGAAACAUCGAAGUGAAAGAGGUGCCCAGAACCAGUUUCUGAGUUCAAUAGCGAUGCAUAGUGAUACUGCCCCUCAAGUUGUACAGUUAGAAGUGAGUAGGCCCUGCCCUGUCCCAUCAUUAGUAGAGCUGUGCCUCCAAAAAGGUGUUCGAAGGGUUGUAGUUUCUGACUUGACACAACCCUGCCAAAUUGCCCCAGGCAUAAGGGCCCUCUUGAAAGCACACAAUAAUCAAUACAAAUUGGAGCAAGUCCAGUUGAAGUGGGUAUUAGAAGCCCUGAAGCAUGCUGAGGUAUAUGUCAAACACCACACGUUGCAAUUCAUGAACAAACACGGGAAAAAAUCAGAGUUCUUUGUAAGGGACUGUCGUUCAUUGUGUUCUUGUGAUGCAGACGUCCGAGUAGAUGCUUGGGAAUUGAAUGAUGAAACUAAGAGCAAUGCUUGUAUAGCUGUCUUUGCUGCAGGCUAUGAUUACAGUGAUUGGCCAAUCAUUGCACUGGCGCAUUGCAUUAACAUUCUGCUUCCUACCUACCUAUCUGAAGAUGGAACAAACAACACCAAGACAUCCAUCAUUAGAGUCAAGCGAUUCCUUAACAAGCACUCCUCAACGUUAGUAACCCAUUGUUUUAAUACUGCCUUAGCGUAUGUCUGGUGGUGUAGAGGAAAGGUCGAUAAGGCUAAGAGAGCCUUGUUGGACAUUUCUGACCACAUACCAUCGGGUAAUGAAGUGAGAUUGCAGCCCGAGCCGAAGAAAAAUUUCAGAUCCCAUACUCUGUUUGACCAGCAGAAAGCUCUUUGUCAUAACGAAAUAGGCAGGAUGUUUUCUCAGUUUGAUGACCCUGAUGCAGCUGUGCAGUUCUUCCGACAUGCAGUUGAGGUAAUCAAUGAAGGCUCUUCAGUGGCUCGUGACAGGUUGGUCUUACAGUCAUGUGCCCUGAGUGCUGCAGCUUACGACCAAGGUCAAAUGGAUCAGUCUCAUGCCAACAAGGCUGCUGCAUUCUGGGAUCAUGUGACAGAUGAUCCAAUUUGCGAUGAAGGUCUGCUUCAGGCUGCUGUAGAAUCAUUCAUACGUUGUCAUGCAGGAUUCUCAGUUUGCGAAACAAACGCAUCCCUGCCCCUUGGUGGGAAGUACGAAUCUUGGUUAUGGGAAGCUAACUCUCGGAUCAAGAAGGCAGUUGGUAAGGGGCCACAGCUGUAUCUUCAUCAGUCGUUGGUUCUUGCUAUGUUGGGUGAGAACAAAUUGGCAGAAAAAGCAUAUCAAGACUACGUGGAACAGUACGUUCACAAGACUGAUAUCUUCAUAGACCAGGACGCUGGUCCGAUGCCAGGCAGUGGGGCAUGUGCGGCGUCCAGCACGCUUAAGUACCAGCCGUGGUGGGUGCUUCUGGAAUGGAUGGCUACCAAAGCAAAUUUGGAUGAUUCAAGGUUUCCUAGGCCCAUUCAAAUGUUGCCAAUCAUUUGGCGUAGAAUAUUAAGGCACGAAUCCUACACAGAGUGCGUGGAGAAAAAUGUCUGUGAAGUUCAGGGGCAGCCACUCAACCUUCACCUGACACACGAUGGUUAUCUGACUGGUGCAUUCAUGCACAAUCUUCCUCCUUGGAAGGCUGUCUUGCUGAAUCCCUAUACUGGGAACAUCUGUGUUCCAGACCAACAUCGUCAACAUGAAUUACAGGAGUGGGGCAAGGAAGAAUUAUGCGCGCCCUGUUCCGAAUUCGGUCUUAACUAUUCCAUUCCCAUUCCGAUUCUGUUGUACCAUGACGCUGCGAAUGAAACCGUGGUUACAUUGAUGAAUGUGGCCAGUAACGCAAAUUUCAGACAAAAAUUAAUUGCAUUUAAUGUUGGCGAUGGAACGUGUCCAAGGAUUGCCAACAUAGCCUCUACAUUGAUCUACUCAAAAGGGAGAGUGACAGUCAAGCUUAAUCUUCGGCAGUUGGUUCUGGAGGCAAGACGCAAGAACAUCCUACAGCAAGUGAAAGACCUGACUCCAAGUGUUGACAUAAAUGCUUUGCAAGACGUUGUUGAUGUUCUUGAUUUCUGUUGUCGGAGGGGCCUGCAGAUCAACUUUGCACUCGCGAAAGAAAUGAUAGGUGGCAAAAAGAAAGAAUUUAUGGAGACUGUUCAACAGCAGAUGGGCGUGAAAGUAAAUGGUGGUACGUCAAAGGUCAAGGGUGGUCCAAAAAAGGAGAGUGCGAAUUCAGGUCAAACGCCACGUCAUCAGGCCCUUCAGCUUCAAAAGAUUUUGUAUGUUGGCGAGUCAACGGUCGUUUUGUGUUUGUACACUGGCGCGAAUCCACCGGAAGCAGAACAUGAUUGUCCCUUAAAUCAGGACACCCUCGUUUUCCUGGACUGCAGCAGUCCCGAGGCCUUUAGGAAUCCAGUGAUACAUUGUCCUCACUUGCCCCAUUUAGAAUGGGAAUUGCCAGCCCAACACAACUGCUGGACGUCGAAGUUAUGUAAGCAGAAUGUCAUUUUCUUCUAUGCUAACAGCGAAGCUAUAGUAAUAUUCGACGAAUUUGGAAGCAUCAUUCACAAGGAAAAGAUUCACCGGUGUCGAUACAACUACAGGGCUUGUUCGGGAUGUACUCUUCUUGGUUGUGAACCGGGGCUAAGACCAGAGCAGACAUCCUUGAGGGUAUUGGAUGCUAAGAGCAUGCAAAAGCUUUCAGAGCCACUCAAAGAGGUUGACGACUUCAUAGUGGAGCAAAAUAUGGUGUUCGUCUCUCGGUUGUCCAAUGUUUUUGUUUUGGACCCCGUUUCCUUGAAACCUCUUGUUGUACAGAAGCCGACCAAAACAGGCGUUACCCCAGAAGCUAGAUCUGACGGCAUUUUAAUCCAGGGGGAAGCUCGUUCUCUGCGCGUCCUGGCCACUGAUAUUUUCUCUAAGCCAUCGCCUACGAAUUGUAACCAGCGAAUUGCAUGUACAAGGCUGAUCUUGGGAGUGGCAAAUCAUGUUUUGAUUCUCGAGAGGCAGAGAUCGGUAAACAACUUACCAGGUGAUGCUUCGUUUCCAAUUGAAGUAGUGGUGGAUAUUAUAGUGCCCGGGGUACCCACAGAAGCUCUUUAUAUCAGCCACGGGGUGGGUUUCGUUGUCUCAGCAUCCAUCUUUGACACAAAUUAUAACCCAUUUCAUCGAGAAAACCUCUACUGGUUUGACAGGGCCGGUGUUAUCAUGGGUAUCCAUCCAAUGAUUGGUGAAGGUCCGCACAGCUUCACAGCUAUCCCUCUCUACACAGACAGAGAGAAGGCUUGCAAGAUGGAUGCAGCAGGAGUGAUGGUAAGAAGGGAAAGACGUUGGCAUUUGUUUUUCGCAGAUGGAUUCGGGGCUCUUUGCUGCAUUCGUUUCGAUGUUGAGGAUCCCGCUUUGUUUUAGCAGCCCACAUACACAUUAAUGAUUUGUCUGUCUCUAGAAGUUAUCAUAAAUUUUCUCCAUGCGACUUUGUUUGCACGAAAUGGAAAGAAAACAAAUGCAAUACCAUUUCUAAUAGAAGUGUUGGGUCUGCUGACGAACUUAGUUGGGUAACAGUCUAACAGAAAACAGCACUACGUACAUUGUCAAUGAUGAAUAGUUUGUGAGGAAUUCAUUACUUGAUGUCAGUUUGAUUGUCACUCGAAUUAUGGCCAUCAGUGGGUUUAUCAUAUCGGCAUUUGUGAUGCCACAUGCUUUCGUUUUCACACCCACACACACUCUUAAUUUGUACAGCUUCAUAUAUUUGCUUCUGUUGGUUCUUGGAUGAUUCUUGUUGUCUGUCCGGGUCGUGCAUGGCCGUCACAUGACAUUUUGAGCAUUCACUACAGUUCGCCCAGUCUGGAUUCGGGCAGGUUUUCUUCAUGCGCCCAGGAUUCAGGCGCGCAAAACACAUGCCUUUCUUAUGGCAAACUUCAGAUUUUGCCUUUGAAUUCAGUGCGUUGAAUUUUUUAAAGUCAAGCACACAGUGAUUUGACCCUUUUCCACAAACAUGGUGCCUGGACUGCUCUUAAGCAGUAGUUACGGAUUUUCUUUCGUUUCCUUUACUGUCGCUGCAAAGACCCUCCUUGCCAUGGUUGCUCCUCUGGUUUCGGAUUUGGCCACUUGGACUUGUGUCUUGCCCUCUUCAUUUCUUUUCUGGUAUCUAAGGUCAGCAAAGCGGGGAUCAUUUUCAUUCUUGGAAAUUUAGCGAACAAUCUUCUCAAAAUCCUCCAGUGUGGGUGAUCGUUCCUUAUUUUCCCUCAGUUUCCCCGCAUGCUUGAUCCAUUUAUUGCUGUUAGAGGGUUGUGGGUAGUUUUCAAGCCAAAACCUUUAAGAAUUCGGGCCUGUCUUGUCUCCUGCUGCAAUUCGGAGAACAUCGGUACGUGACGGAGAACAUUGGUACGCGAGGCCGAUUCAAUUUACUUUUCAUUGUGGUCUCAGCAGCUGCAGGAAUACGGUCUGGAGGCUUCAACGACAACAGCGUGUGUUACCAUAGCCGCAAUAUUUGGUGAAAUUUGUGAGCAUACAUCGGAUAACUUCUGUUCAUACAGCAUCUCGUGUACAGCCUUCGCUGCCUGUAGCUCCACAUUUUUCUCGAUCUCUUGCUGCUUUCUAUUCUGGUUUGCUCUUCUUGUCGCCGUUUUAAACGCUGUAUUUCUUCUUCAGCUUCUUGGAGUUGAAGUUGUCUUUGGAGGGUACGCCAGUGCGUUCCUCAAGCUUGUUUUAUUCACUUAGGGAAGCAGAUCUGGCUGCGAGCUCCGCUUCCUUUGCUUGAUUUCUACAGAGCAGCAUGGACAGUUUACACUCUUGUUUUCAUUGAGGCCAUGCUUAUAUCGGAUCGUCCAUGAGAUGUCAGAUGUGGGCUGUUUGUUGCAAAAUAGUGCCACUGGCCGAAACACUGUCUUCUGGAUGAACUUCCUCUGCAUCGGUGGUCAGUCCUACACGGUACACGGUCGCAAUCUCAAUGCUUUAAAAAUCAAGUACGUGUAAUUCAAAUCCAGAUUCACGGAAGAGAUGAAUUAACCAUGGGAGUAGAAACCAACAAGGAAGCGAGAUAGACAACGUCUUGCUCAUAUUAAAACCCCCUCUAUCGAUGAAAAGUCUAUGCGUGGGAGGGGCUUAUUGUAAUACAUGUACAGAGUCUAUGCGUAGUAACUUACGCUGCUACAUGCUCAUUUACCCGACAACAAAAUGUCGAUUCUGGGCAUGAAACACACGCCGAAUUUUGAUAUUUUUAAUCACCGUUUUUUUCGUCCUUGCAUGGUUACCAAUUUAGAGUGUUUUUGCUGCUUCGUAAUGCAUCAUUACAAACUAUGUGAUCUUAUGUAAAGUGCAGUAUAAAUAUAUUAUUUUGACAAGGUCGUAUUCUUUAAGGUAAUAUUUUCAGUAUUUUGUGUGACGACAGAAAUGCUUGAUAAGCAACCACGUAGUGUGUAGUUUAUGGAACAAUUCAACACAAUAGCGAUACAAGAUACAUACUUUGUAACAGGGGUGUAUUGUUAAUUAUAGCCUAAAACGAUUUCAAGAGUAGUUGAACCUUUCAUAUUCCAUUCUUCUUAACACUGGUAUUGGGGAAUGAAAUGUGUAUAUAUUUGGAUGUAAAAUAAAGUUCACCUUCCACCUAUACACAAUGUACACUUGACAUGGAAUUCGUAGUUUUGAAAUAAACAAUAUUCGUCAAUUGAGUUUUGGUUCGAGAUCUCGGGCAUUGCCAAUUCAGCAAUUGAAUGGAUUUAAGAUAGCUAUAUGUGUAUUUUUAUGCUGCCAUGUUGGAAAUCAUUGCCCGUUCUGUAAGGGUCUGUGCAGAUGAAGCACCGACAAUCAGCCUUGUAAGCCUAUGCGCAUUGAAUUCGUUUGCACAAUUUAGUGGCGUCAUAGCCCCCCAAAAUAUACGGGAAACCUGCAGUGUACACGGUAAACUUGCGUACAUUAGUCAAACCAAUACAAAGUUAGAUUGACUGGAACAUUGUCACGUACAAUAUGUCAACGUGUGUGUGUUCGUCACAAUCUUUGUUUAAUCAAACCUGGGGUGGUUUGCACAAUAGUGACCAUUGUCGGAUUUCUGGCUAAGCCAACAUCCUCCCAUAAAGACUUCAGCCGUAGUAGGUAAUUACGGAAGACAAUGCCAGUCCGUUGAAAUGGUUAUAAUUAGUACCCUCCACUGAUGGAAGCACUUAAACCUCUACGAACAACGGAACACUGUCGUUUUUAUCUGUAGGCCUGAUGGGUCAUGUAGAUUGUAAGAAAUUCCGUCAAACUUAAACCAUAGGCCUGUAAUGACCAGAAGAAGAAAACACAUACAUUAAAUGAUAAUGUCAGUCGUGACUUUUAAAUUAAUUGAAAUAAUUUGCCAACUCAAAAUGUAUGUAGUUGAUAUGGCCGUAUCACGUAUAUUGCCAGACAUUUUGUCAAAUGUAGCCUAGAUUAUUCCGAUGGAUAAGUAAUUUAUAAGAUACCUGUACGUGUGGCAUACAGUAAUAAUUGGUGACACAGAUGUAAAAUUGCUAGCUCUGCUAUGCCUAGCAUUUGUAGCGGUGGAUUGUGAUAUUUACAUUUUGUCCGUAAUGCUGCAAUUAAAAUAUCGAAAUAUGAUAAUUUGAUAAAUGAAAUAAACUGUAGUCCAGAA